ACCGCUCCGAGCUCGAGCCUUUCCCUCUCUUACACGUCUACUCAGCCCCCCUCUCCUUCACCUCUACGCGAGCUCUCCGCGUCCUCUCCGAGGUCAGCUUUGGCCCCCGACCUUCUCGACCCCGCGUGGGCGAUCCUCGACACGGCGAUUUGAUCCGAGCCCUCGGCGGUGCCGCUUGUCGAUUCGGUGCUCCGAUCCAUUGAUAUUGGGUAUCUCAUCAUGCUUUUGUCAAGGGUUCUUAGGAGAACAUUAUGUUCUGCUGCUAAAUCAGAAACUUCGGCCGCUGCAGCCGCAACAUCAGCAUCGGCUAAGACAGCAAAUAAUCCUCUUGAGCAAUUUUUUGAGGUGGACAGAAGCACCGAUGAGGAGAAACCUGUCAUCUACGGUCGUGGCUGGAAGGCUUCGGAAUUACGUUUUAAGUCUUGGGAUGAUCUUCACAAGCUAUGGUAUGUCCUCUUGAAAGAGAAGAACAUGCUUAUGACCCAACGCCAGAUGCUCCAUGCGCAAAAUCUGCGGUUUCCUAAUCCAGAACGCGUUCCUAAGGUGAGGAAAUCGAUGUGCCGGAUCAAGCAUGUCUUGACCGAGAGAGCAAUUGCCGAGCCUGAUCCUAGGAGGUCUGCGGAGAUGAAGAGGAUGAUUAAUGCGCUUUGAUAUCCUUCGGGAACCCAACCCACUUUAAAUCUUAACUUAGAUUCAGAUAUGUCUUCUGUUGUUUGUACAUUUGCCUGAAGUUAACGACUACUCUCGUGAAUCGCAUGUGUUUGGGACUCAGAAUAUAUUUUUGGAAAUGCUUGUUAUGGAAAAUUUGAACCAAAAUAAACUCGACGCCUUCUCAGA